AUGACCGAAGGGGGAGUCAAGCGAGCCGCCUCCCCCACUCGGAGCAUCUCCCCACCUCCACUCCGCCGCAAGGUUGGCGCAAGUAUCAGCAAAGCAGCCGCUGCGUCAUUUUUCACUCCUGCCUCACAAAAGAAGCCAAAGCCGAUCACAUGGCGGAUCCUCGGGACAAGCCUCGUCAUCGGUAAAUAUACGCCUGAAAAUAGCACCGUUAAGCUGCCGGAGAAGAAUCGGAGGGUUGCUGCAUUUGAUCUUGAUUCAACGUUGAUUAAGACGGCUUCUGGAAAUGUGUUUCCUCGAUCAGCGGAUGACUGGAAAUGGUGGGAGGGUAAUACUACAAGCAUACUGAAAGAUUUGCACAGUCAAGGAUACCAACUGGUUAUUUUUUCUAACCAGAAAAAAAUCAGCAUUCAAAAGGAAAUCAAAGCAGGAAAGGCCGACUCGAAGAGCCUGGCCAUGUUUAAAGAGAAGCUCACAGCUAUUAUGACUGCCUUAAACAUCCCUAUUAGCGUCUAUGCCGCCACCGAAGAUGAUAAUUAUCGGAAGCCUCGCACCGAUAUGUGGAAGGAAUUCGUGGAUGACUAUGACCUCAAUGUGGCCGGUAUAGAUAAAGGGAACUCAAUAUUCGUUGGUGAUGCUGCAGGACGGCCAAAAGACCACUCGUCUUCAGAUCUUGGAUUCGCGGCAAAUGUUGGUCUGCCUUUCAAGACACCAGAGGCAUACUUCCGGGGCGUCCCUGAAGAACCUCUUACAAUUUUCGAUCCCACUGUCUACGCCAAAGCAGAACCAAGCGAACCUCUCCCUAUCUUCACCCGCAAAAACCCCCUCGAGCUAGUGAUCUUCUGCGGGAGUCCAGCUUCAGGAAAAUCAACGUAUUUCCGGAAUAACCUCGAACCAUUGGGCUACGAACGUGUCAACCAAGACAUCCUCAAGACGCGCCCAAAAUGCCUGAAAGUAGCUCGUGAAUACCUCGAGGCUAAGAAAUCCGUCGCUGUCGACAAUACCAACGCAGACCCGGAGACAAGACUUGUGUGGAUUACGCUAGCGAAGGAAUUGGGUGUUCCGAUUCGUUGUGUGCACUUGCUUUCCCCGCCCGAGAUAUGCAGGCACAACAAUGCCGUUCGGGCUGGCAACAAAGAAAUGAACCCCGAGGCGCGCACUUCUCUUCCUGGAAUUGCAUUUGGGGAUUUCGGGCGCCGAUACAAGGAGCCACGUCUUGAGGAGGGAUUCGACGAUAUCAUUACCGUUAAGUUUCGGUUUGAAGGAACUGAUGAGGAGCGUAAGAUUUGGGGUAGGUAUUGGGUUUAG